CGAUGUGCGAGCGAGCGGAUCGGGGGUUGGCGGGGGAGGGGGAGCGGGAGCGCGUGCGUGCGUCGGGCCGCGCCGGUUGUGAGCGGGGCGGGGCGGGGGGCGCUGCGCGGUGCGCGCGGCCCAUGGCCGUUGGCGGCGGGCGAUGAUGACCGACUACAGCGAGGAGCAGCGCAACGAGCUGGAGGCCCUGGAGUCCAUCUACCCGGACUCCUUCACGGUACUGUCAGAAAAGCCAACAACUUUCACAAUCACUGUGACAUCUGAAGCAGGAGAAAAUGAUGAAACUGUCCAGACAACUCUUAAAUUUACCUAUAGAGAAAAAUAUCCUGAUGAAACUCCACUUUAUGAAAUAAUUUCCCAGGAGAAUCUUGAAGAUAAUGAUGUCACAGACAUAAUAAAACUACUAGAACAAGAGGCAGAAGAAAAUUUGGGAAUGGUAAUGAUCUUCACGCUAGUCUCAGCAGUACAGGAGAAAUUAAAUGAAAUAGUGGAUCAAAUAAAAACACGAAGAGAAGAGGAAAAGAAACAGAAAGAAAGAGAAGCAGAAGAAGAAGAAAAACAACGUUUUCAUGGCACUCCUGUUACAAUUGAGAAUUUCCUGAAUUGGAAAGCGAAGUUUGAUGCAGAACUCCUAGAAAUAAAAAGAAAAAAAAUGAAAGAAGAAGAACAAGCGGGCAAAAAUAAAUUAAGUGGAAAACAGCUAUUUGAAAUGGAUCACAAUCUUGACACAUCUGACAUCCAGUUCCUGGAGGAAGCAGGAAACAGCGUGGAGGUUGAUGAAUCUUUAUUCCAAGAAAUGGAUGAUUUAGAGUUGGAAGAUGAAGAGGAUGACCCUGACUACAACCCUGUUAAUUUAGAUAGUGAUUAGACUUUUUUUGAACUGGAUGCGUCAUCAGUAUGGACAUAUGUAAGGAAGAGAGGCAGGCAGGAAAGCCACAGCAUCUGUGGUUGUACCUAGAGUGCACUGGUUUUCUUUCUUUUUUUUUUCCAAAGAAAAAAACCAAAAUAUUUUAAAUCCAGGAGAAUGGUCUUCUGAUGACUUUCAUCAUAAAUAAAUUGACUUUAAUAUUUCAAAUGAAAAAA